CAUUGAUAAUGAAAGACCGACAGAUACAACGUCAAUACGCGUCACGCCGGCGACCCGGAACUUUCAUAUCUUCCCAUAUCUUUCAUAAUUUUAUACUUUAUUAUUAUUUUCUUUAAAGAUGGAAUAUAUUUAUAAAAUCCCGUUCUUCGUUUUAGAAGUGCCCAAUUUAAAACUUAAAAGACCAUCUUGGUUCGUGAAACCUAGUGCAAUGAUAGCUUUUUCUUUCGUUCUUUUAUCAUACUUUCUAGUGACAGGAGGUAUAAUAUACGAUGUAAUCGUUGAACCGCCCAGUGUAGGAUCUACGACUGAUGAACAUGGUCAUACAAGACCUGUGGCAUUUAUGCCAUAUCGUGUGAAUGGUCAAUAUAUUAUGGAAGGUUUAGCGUCGAGCUUCCUUUUUACUUUAGGUGGUUUAGGCUUCAUCGUACUUGAACAAACACAUAGUCCAUCCACUCCAAAACUUAACAGAAUUCUUUUGAUAUGUGUUGGAUUCAUUAGUAUAGUUGUCUCUUUUAUAACAUGCUGGAUAUUCAUGCGUAUGAAACUACCGGGAUAUUUACAAUCAUGAAUGCAUUUUUCCAAGCUAUGUACAAAACAUAACUUUGAAAAAUUACAUUUAAUACUAACACUUUUUAUAAAAAAAAAGAAUAAAUGAAACAAAUUUCUUGUAAAUACAUUAUUUAAUAAAAAACAAUGCUUUUUUUAUUAAGAAUACCUAUUAAUAAAUUAAGAUAAAAUAAUGUGUUUAAAAAUUAUACAUAAUAAUAUCUAAAACGUGGUAAAUACUAUGAUAAAAUACAACAAGAAAUGCAAUAAAUUGUGAUUUCAAUUACAAUUAAAUUCAUAUUUAAGUUUAUACUAUAUGAAUAUGCAUGUAGUAUAAAUUUUGUACUGCUGUUUAGAGUAAAAUUUUAGAGUAAAGAAUGUCUUUGACAUUAUGACAUAUCUUGAAGAGACUAUAUUACUAUUACUAAUGAGAAAUAUUAUUCUGUGGAAUACUAUAGAAAUAUAAUUUAAUUUGUGCAUAAGAUCCUGUAAAAAGUAACAAAAAAAAUAUUCUGUUGGUGUUAUUGUUAUUGUUAGGCCUGACCAUUUGGACUUGGCACAUCUUUGGACUUUUAACAUUACUUUCUAAUGUUUACAUGAAAAAAAAAAAGAAAAAUGAUUUAGGCCUAGUGCCAAUAGUAGCUCUAGCAUUAGUUAUUAUUAUUAAUAUUCAGUCUUUCAUUAACUAUACUUUGGUCAUUUUAC